GCCGUCUCACUUCCCCCGCCGGACCUCCUCUUCUUCUUUGCCUUGAACUUGAAGGUAUUUUUGUUUAAUUUUGUACAAUUUAUUAUUAUUGUAAUUUUUGGUGAAAUUGAAUUUGUUUGUGUGAAAUUGAGUGCAUUUUUGGUUAAAUUUAGUUGAAAUUGUGUGAAUAUGAGAUGAAAUUGUCAUAAAAUUGAGUAAAAAUUACAUUACUUUUUGGUGAAAUUGAUGGCAUUUAAGGUGUAAUUUUAGUUGAAAUUGUGUUAGUAAAUUUGACGUUUAUUGAAGAUUUAGGUAAAAUUUAGUUGAAUUUUGUGAAAUUGAGUGCAAUAUACGUUCAUAUAUGUAGUUCAAGAUGACUAUUGCGUUUCGAGAUUUGCAUUUGAGGUUAAUUUAUUUUAUUGAUAAGACUUUUUCAACUGUUGCAGUGCAUCAAGAAGUUUGAUUCCUUCCUAAGGUCCCUAGUAGUGUUAGGAUUAAACUGAGUUCUAAUGUUGACUUGUUAUACAUUGUUUCAUUACUUUCACAAUUCAUACAUGUGUACAUCUGUGCACUUUGUUUCAUUCCCAUUUUUUCUAAUCUGUGAAGUUUUUAUUUUAAACUGUUGUGAAUACUUUGAGAGGGUUCUCAUCGUGGCCUUCCUUCGCUUAAAUAUGCUCGCCUUGCUUCAACAAAGGUAUCCAUGAUUCCCUUAUCAAUCAUUUAUUCUGUUCAUGUUAUCCACUAAUUGAUUCAUCACUUAUUAUUGUAGUUUCCUCUUUAUUGUAGUCAUGUACUCAUGUGAUCCUUAGGUGUUUGAUUUAAUCAGAUCGGUGGUGUUGAAUUGCAUAAAUUCAAGUCUUAGUUUUUUUACGGCAAAUUCAAGUACUAGUUGGUUGAAAUGUCAUAUGUUAUUUUUGAACCAUCCUUGGCACUUUUAUAUUUACAUGUUCAUGAAGUUGGAGGUGUGGUUAUAUGGGAAUUCAUGAAAGUACCAUUGAAUUAACUUUCCUUGAGUGAGAGGUGGGGAUUGUAACCUCAUAGUUGGUUUUUAUUGCUGUUACUAGUACUUCAUAUCUUUAUAAAUUUAUUUUUUUUGGAAGCUCAGCUAUUUCAUAGUUCUCUAAGUGUGCUGUAAUGAUUUUAGGCACUUGAAUGGUUGCAAUCAAAUUACUGGAAGCCUCAAAAGGAUGUUAUUCGGCUGGACCAGACCACCAUAUUUCAAAAAGAAACAAGGGACAGAUUACAUGAAUUGGCUUGUUGCGUUGAUGGUGCUGUCAACACUAGGCUCAAUUCUUUGAAAUGCGUGAGGAGGCUAGAUAGAAAGGGCUGCAAGUCACCGACCAAGAAAUAUGGUCCUCGCUAGUCGAGGGCCAUAACGCGAAGAACUGCGUUCUUGGAGUUGGUGACUACGUGCGGGAAAUGAGGAAGAUAAAUCCGUCCUCCAAACCUCGCCGUUCCAGCACGAGUAGCAGAAGCGCAGCGGAGAUGGCAGCACUUAAAGAGCAAAACCAAAGGCUGCAGGAACAAAUUGAUAGUCUAAGCUCAAGCUUGUCGCUGACGAUUCAGGAGGAGAUAAGGAAGCUAUAUGGUGGUAACCUUCCUCGACAAGGCGAUGAUGAUGGAACGGGAGGGGCAGGGCAGCCCGGGAUUUGUUGAGACCUUUACGACCUUAGCUUCCUCCAUUUUGAACACUUGAAUCUAACACUUUAAUAUUCAUUGUUAGAAUAUCAUGAAUUAUGU